AUGCUCUUCUCCGUCGUACCAGCAGCCAUCGUGCUGGCCGCCAGCCAGGCCGUCAACGCCCUGCCGGCCGACUUGGACGCCCAGGGCGCGGUCACUCGCAUGUCUGCCACGGGGAUCAACGGCCGGCAAAUCGACCUCGCCGCCCAAUACAAGUCCAAACGAAGCGACGGGGCGGGCCCCUGCGUCGACAGCGACGAUGUUCUGUCCUGUGCGAAGAAAAUGAAGGGCACGUUCAAGGUCGAUGCCGAAGCGACCUUUCCAACGCGCAAAAUUCGCCUCCCAGCCAGGUACUACGGACCUGAGCGCAACAUCCGCGGUCUGCUCGGCGAAAUCGAGCUUGAAUACAGCGUUGCGCUCUCGUCGUGCGCGCUUGCCGACCCCGUCGUCGUGCACAAGGAGCCGGUCAAAACCUGCAAAGAAGACACCUGCGAGGAGGCUGUCAAGUUUGUAACCACCGUGACCGACACGGUGGCCAUGGGUUACAGGUUUGCUGGCUACCUGAAUGGUCAUAUGACUCUGAACACUCCGCCCGAGGUCAAGUUCACGUCCGAGAAUGGCCAGGGCUGGUCGAGCUCGACUACAACGACCCAUGAAGUCACGAGAAACAUGACCAUAUACCAGGAUCAGACGUGCGCCGCGGCAACGGUGCAGAUGCAAGUCGUCUGCCAGGCCGUCGUCAACGCGCCAAAGGACGUCAAUUUCAUCGGCAAGGAAUUCCCAGAGGGCCGGUUCAAGGUUAUCCCAGACUUUUGCGGCCCCAAGGAUCACAUAUUCUCGUCUCAAAUUACCCCGGAAGUCAAGAGUGUCUGCGAUGCCAUGUCUAAGCACCCCGUCAGCAUGGACUUCCAGAUAACGCCUUUCAAGAGCCCUUGGGUUAUGGGGGGUUGCCUGAACAGCUAA